UCUCAGCUCACAAAGGCUCACUUCUUCUUUGGCCCACUCUCCUCCUCCUGUCUCUGGCUCCUCAUCUUUUUCUUUCUUCUGUCUCUCCUCUCACCUGGAACCUGGGCCUGAGAGCUGAAGGUGUGGCUCCUCUCACUGUGUUAGCUUAGCCAGCCUUUAGUCCCUGAACCUUCUCAUCAAACACGGUCAGGUCACGGUCGAGCACGGUCAGUCCACGGUUAAAUACAGUCUUUCUGCGUGUGGUGGAAGGUGUUCACAUAAUGAGGUGAACCUGACAGCAUGAAGAAAGUGUACAGCAUGUUCAACCUGAACAAAACCAAGGAAGAGGAGGCAGUUCAGUCCAUCUGUAUCAAGCAAAUCCAGUUUGCUGAUCAGAAGCAGGAUUUUAACAAACGUCUUAGUAAGACCGGUCGUCGCUCCCAUUCUUUCUCCCAGUCCUCCACAGAUAACUACAACUCAGCUGCGUUGUACACAGACAGUUCAGAGGAUGCGACGUCUCCUAGAGACAGGCAGCAGAGGAGCUCUAAGGGACAUCAAGACUUCUGCAUCAAGAACAUCAGACAGGCCAGCUUCGGACGCAGGGAGAUAGCGAUCGCUGAGCAAGAGAUGCCAGCUCUGAUGGCCCUGAGAAAGAGAGCAGAGGGAGAGAAGCCACUGGCUGGAGCUAAAGUAGUGGGCUGCACUCACAUCACCGCUCACACAGCCGUGUUGAUGGAGACUCUGUCUGCGUUGGGGGCUCAGUGUCGCUGGGCAGCCUGUAACAUCUACUCCACCCAGAACGCUGCAGCUGCAGCUCUGGCUGAGGAAGGCUUCCCUGUGUUUGCGUGGAAGGGGGAGUCGGAGGAUGACUUCUGGUGGUGUAUUGACCACUGUGUUAGCCUGGAGGCCUGGCAGCCCAAUAUGAUCCUGGAUGAUGGGGGAGACCUGACCCACUGGAUCGAUAAGAAAUACCCCAGCAUAUUCAAGAUGAUCAAGGGCAUCGUGGAGGAGAGCGUCACAGGAGUACACAGGCUGUACCAGCUGUCCAAGGCAGGGAGGCUGUGUGUUCCUGCUAUGAACAUCAAUGACUCAGUCACCAAACAGAAGUUUGACAACCUCUACUGCUGCAGGGAGUCCAUACUGGACGGGUUGAAACGGUUGACAGAUGUGAUGUUUGGGGGAAAGCAGGUUGUGGUGUGUGGUUAUGGAGAGGUUGGUAAAGGUUGCUCUGCCGCUCUGAAGGCCAUGGGCUCAAUAGUGUACAUCACAGAGGUCGACCCCAUAUGUGCCCUGCAGGCGAGUCUGCGGAGCCCAGAGUUGACCUGGGAGAGAGUGAGGUCACAGGUGGACCAUGUCAUCUGGCCAGAUGGCAAGAGAAUUAUCUUACUGGCUGAGGGUCAUCUGUUGAAUCUGAGCUGCUCCACGGUACCCACGUUCAUUCUCUCCAUCACCGCCACCACACAGGCGCUGGCUCUGAUUGAGCUGUACAAUGCCCCAGAGGGACGAUACAAUAAAGAUGUCUACCUCCUGCCAAAGAAGAUGGACGAGUUCGUGGCCAGACUCCACCUGCCAACGUUUGACGCCCACCUCACAGAGCUGACUGAUGAGCAGGCCAAAUACCUGGGCCUCACCAAGACUGGACCCUUCAAACCAAACUACUACAGGUACUAAUCCAUGGAAGUGAAGACCAAAGAUACACCAGAGCACCCCAAAGACAUGUGGCUCAGAGGAAGCGAAGACCAGGGAGACCUGGCUCAGAUUAGUGUAUAUGGGAAAACUGUAGCCCAGCGCUGAGAUGUAACACCCCAACCAUGACGGUCUGACUGACCUUUAACCCCUGACCUCUGACAUCUGCUGAGCCAUCUGACCCAUAGAGAUAAAUAGAGGACUCUAGUGCCCAAAAUCCUGGCUUUGGAGAAGGUGUACGUCAACAUGUAACAGAGAAACACAGAUUAUCUACUUUUUCAUUGACUUACUUUCAGUUACAAAUCUUCUCAAAGAUACAGUAUCUAAACAAUGUUUCAACUUUCUGAAUGUAAAUAAAAGCAGAUAAGCAAUAAC